UUCCAGCUGCAGCUUUUCUAGGGGUAGUAAUCUGAAGGAUCUGUCUGUAUUAAGGGACAUGCCCAACAUAGAAGUGAUUACCUUAAGUGUGAACAAUAUCUCUUCUUUGGUGGACUUCCAAUACUGUCAGAACAUCAGUGAGCUUUACCUCAGGAAGAACAAUAUACAAAAUCUGACAGAGAUCUGCUACCUAAAGGGACUACACCGCUUGAGAGUACUGUGGUUGUCAGAAAAUCCUUGCUGUGGGACGGAUCUUCACAAGUAUAGAAUGACUGUCCUCCGGAACUUGCCACAACUGCAGAAGUUGGAUAACCAAGCGGUGACAGAGGAGGAGCUGGCGCAGGCUUUAGAGGAUGGAGAUGAGAUGGCUGCCAUGUCAGACAAAGAACCCAUGGAGUCAACAAGCAGCCCUUCCAGGAGAGGAUCUGGCACUUCUGAACCGAGCACCGAAACGGAAAGUGAUCUCUUGAGCUUCAGAAUGGAGGAGACAAAUAAAAUCAGAGAAGAGCUUGGAAUGAAACCACUAGGAAGAGACAAAUUUUCCUCCUCUGUUGCAUUGAAGGAAAUAAAUACAAGCAACAGCACCAGAAGGCGCACUUCCAACGUGCUGAACGCUGUUCUGCUGCUGUUGAAAGAGCUUGACACAGACGGACUGGAGAUUGUGCACAGGGCAGCAGAACAUAAGCUCCGAAUGUUACACAGGAAAGAGACUGAACAGGAGAGAUGAGUCCAACCGAUCCAGCAAUUUGAUUUCCAUCUCUGUGGACGUGGUUUCAAAAUUCAAUAGUCACAUGGCAGGAGUUUAUAUGGAAGAGGUCAAUCAAGUACCUGCAAAUUAUCCAUCUGCAUCAACCCCUGUGGUGACCACCCUGUGUAAUCACCAAGCUUGACCUGGUGGGAGCAUCAGGAUCAACCAAUGGCAUGCGCAGUCUGGAGUUUAGGUGGGAGAGUAGAGUUAACUUCACGAUACAGAAGAGUGGGUACAGGGGAAAACAACAGAGUGCUGUUUUAUCUAAAUUAACAUUUGGAAGAGAGAUUUAAUGAACAGAAGCUGUCAUGGAUCCAUCGCAGUAAGAGUCACACAUAUUGAGAGUGGGGAGGAGGAAUUAAAAUUCAUGUUUACUAAAAGUGGUCAAAUCCGUUUGUUCUCAUCACUGAUACGUUAGUGGAACUUUGCCAUGCAACAUGCUGUGAUCUGAACUGACCUAGAAAUUGUCAGCUCAGGUAUGUUAUACCAUCUACCUAGUUACUGCUAGCCAUACAGUGCAAAUUCGAAUUAUUUCAGCAGAAUAAGUUCUUCAGUUUGCACCAGCCAGUGUUUCAUGAGUUAUUGCUGCAUGAGCCUUUACCAUUACCCGAUCAAAAUAAAAUUAUUCUAGAAUCAAAAUUAACUGUAAUCUUCAUGUUUGACAGAUUGGGGGAAAAAAUGCUUCAAAGGUCUAAUCUUCAUGUGCUAAGGUGUUUGGAUUUUCUUCCGACUCCAUUGAACCUUUGCAGAGAGAUUAAUGAAAUCCUGAUGAAGCUUUAAUGAAUAAAACUUGUUACUUUGAAUCAAAGGUGUGAGAGUAUUACCAAGUGAGGAACCACAACUGCUUUGUGGAAUGUAUUUGAGUAAGGAUUUAUUAAUGAAAGUGAGAUAACCUGCCUUCAGCAGAUUCUUCUUAAUUUUUUAUUAGUCCAACGUUAGUUUGCAAUUCAUAUUUGUUUUUUUUCUCAGAUGUUGGUUCUACAAAUUAAGACUUUUUUGAUUUAUCUUGCCUUAAUCAAAAGAAACCAAUGUUCAACUGAGUCCUUGUGGAAGAAAGGUGUUGUAUGAGGAGAAUGAGAGAUCCCACACAAAAUUUCUCAUAACAUUCUUCUGACAGAAGGAGGCCUUUUGGCCCAUUGAAUCCAUGCCAGCACAGAGCUGUCCCAUCACCUUACAUAUUGUACUGUAAACUAUUCUCUCAACUGCCAUCACCUCCACCCUGAGCCUCUUACCAUCCUCCUAUGCUGGACAUAGUUGAGAGUAGCCAAUUCACCUACCAACCAAAUUUGCUGAAUCCCCAUUUAAUUUCUUUGAAUGGAUGGAUUUGUGCUCCAAUUCCUCUGUAGUUCUUUGAACCAUUCUCAUUAAUAACACCAUUCUUUCCAGAAUUAGUGUGCGAAAAGACAAAUCUGCAAUAAUUGGAUAUGUGAUAACCUAGCAUGAAAAUUAGUUAAUUAAUUCAUUUUUAAAAUUUUUUUCAUUAUGGAAAUGGUUUUAAAAUAACUCCAGUUUUAAUUACAGUCACUUACUGCCUUGCCAUGGUUGUUCAGUGACCUGCUGGGUCCUCAAUAGGCAUUUAUAUUCACUGACUUUUCUGUAACAUUCAAUAAAGCCCAUAAUUCCUCAUUGUAGACUGCUGUGCACAUGCAGAUUAUAACAAUGACAACCCAAGAUUACUGGUGUUUUUAAUUGCAUGAUAACCAGAAAUUAAAGGAAUCCAACAGUGUCUGUUUCUUAGAGUGAGACUGGUAUGACGAAUUUAUCGCCUUCAUACACAAGCCAUGAGGGUGGUCAGUUUUUCUGCUGGAGUAUCACACGAAGUUAUGGAGCAUUCAAAAUCAGAAUUCGGUUUUUAUAAGACUGAGUGGUGCAUUUGUAUCUACUCUUGUUUAAAGGCAUGAAUAAAUGAACUCAAGAAGGGAAUUAGGAGAGCCAGGAGGGGCCAUGAAAAGUCCUUGGCAAGUAGGAUUAAGGAGAAUCCCAAGGCAUUCUAUACAUACAUCAAAAGCAAAAGGAUAACGAGGGAGAUGGUAGGACCACUCAACGAUAAAGGAGGGAACAAGUGCUUGGAGGCAGAGGAUGUAGGCGUGGUCCUAAAAUGAGUACUUUGUGUUGGUAUUCACCAAGGAGAAGGACAUGGAGGAUGGUGAGAUCAGGGAAAGUAUGCUAGGGCAUUUUGAGAUAAAGGAGGAGGUAGUGUUGGGUCUCUUAAAGAAUAUUAAGGUGGAUAAGUCCCCAGGGCCUGAUAAAAUAUACCCCAGGUUAUUGAGAGAGGCAAGAGAGACUGUUGGGGCCUUGACCAAGAUUUUUGUGUCCUCUCUACCCACAGGCAAGGUCCCAGAGGACUGACGAGUAGCUAAUGUUGUUCCGUGGUUCAAGAAGGGAAAUAGGGAUAAUCCUGGAAACUAAUAGAGCAGUGAGUCUCAUGUCAGUGGUAGGGAAGCUGUUGGAGAAGAUUCCUAGGGAUAGGAUAUAUGAGCAGUUGGAAAACCAUGGCCUAAUUAGGAACAGUCAGCAUAGCUUUGUAUGUGGCAAGUCAUGUCUUACUGACUUGAUUCAGUUUUCUCCAGGAGAUGACAGAGGUGAGUGAUGAAGGUAGAGCUGUGGAUGUUGUCUACGUGGAUUUUAGUAAGGCUUUUGACCAGGUCCCUCAUGGUAGGCUCAUCCAGAAGAUUAUGAUUAAGUGACUGCUUGUGAACAGACUUGGAAGACUUGGAAUGGAUUCAGCUGGCCUGAGGUAAGUUGUUGUUCCCAUACAGGUCUGAAGGUCCUGAAGAGGAGUAAUCCAGAAGUACCGAAGUCGAGGACUGCUGCAUUCCAAUCAGGUGA